AAUAAGAAGAAAAACGCCGACAUGGAGCAUCAGCGGGUCGACAGGGUGGGCCUCCUGUCCCCCCUGGAGGAGUCCAGCGCGGAGAUAAGCAGAGACAGCGGCGUCGUCUCCCAAAGCGCGAGCAGUUUGUCGGUUUUGAGCGACAUUCUGAGCAGCGGGACCGUGUCGCAAAGCCCCAGUUUUGGAGCCCCGGCGGCAGCCGUCCCGCCGAGCUCCUCCAGCCCCAACGAGGCAGCGGCGGACGAGGCGAGCGUACGGGACGAGCCCGAGGAGGACGAAGGGGUCCUGAGACAAGCCGCGCUCGAUUACUCCUCCUAUAUCAGAGUGACAGCUGGAGAAGAGAUCUUGUGCUUGGAGAAGAGCUUGGAAGAAAUGCUGACAAGAGUGGACGAGUUCGUUGGGAUGCUGGAUAUGAUCCGUAAUGAUACCUCCCAGAUAGUGAACGAAAAUCUACCUCAAAUCCAACAGAAGUCUGAUGAGAUGAGACAAAUUUACAGAAGAAUCGACAAAUUAGAGGCCUUCGUGAAGAUGGUGGGAGCCAAUGUCAGCGCCAUGGAGGAGCAGGUGGUUCAGGCAGAGGGAGAACUGGGAACACUACCCAGUACUUUUAAGAAGAUCCUCCGUUCAGUGACUUCCCCGGGCUUUUUAAACAAACCAGCCAGUCCAAGAAGACCAGCAGCGCAUCAGCAUCAAGAAAUCCCCAGCGUGUUCCGGACAGAUGAUUACUUCACAUCACUGCCAGAACAAGGACACAGCUGAACUUUAAAGUAACACUUCUUGGCUCUUUUCAAAAGAGGCUUUUGGCGGGAACUGUACAGACAACUCUUACUGCCAGAUCACAUGGUGCGGUGGCCUCCAGGCAGCAAUAGUAGCCUUUAUAAAAGACUUCCCAGGAUGUCAGAAAUGAGAGGACGCUUCAUUUUUGGGUGUCUUUUGAAUUUUUUAUUUUGAUUUCUUUUCUGGCUGCAACAAGCACUGAACUUGUUUUAAAAGUGCCUAAGUGUGUGUGGAGGAGAAAUGCUAAAAGAAGAGUCUGUAAAGAUCUGUAGAUGUUGCCCUUUUCCAAAAUGCAUACAUGUGUUUAAGACCUGCACGCUUUUAUGACCUAAUUUCAAUUUCUGAUCAUCUCUCAACAGAGAAAAGGUGGGUUUUGCCCGAUGAUGCAUUCAAGUCUUCCAUUUUAAAAUGUUAUUUCUAGCCUUAUCUCAAUGGUUGACGGCUGCCUCACUUAUUUUGGGCUAAUACUUUGAUAGCACCUUUUACAAGAAAAGAAAAAAACCAUGAGCACAGACACAAAGACUUUUGUUUUAUUAUUUCAGAGGACCUAUAGUGAGAUCUUUUUGCAUUCUUUCACACCAAACAAAGCAGCAAAGGUACUUUAAUUAUUUGCCAAAAAGCUGGUACAAUUUUCUCAUUUCUAUGUUAGUUUUGAUUUACAUUUUUUUAAAAUGAUAAUAAAAAUGAAUUUAAGACA